AUGACACACCUGUUUAGGGAAAUAAAUGAGAAAAUACGCAAAUUUGAGAAAUGCGAACAGGCUGAGCUCAUUGAGCACUACGUGCGCCGAUCCAUUGAUAAAAUCGUAGACCAUCGACCAUUUGGGCACAAGAAGCUCCUUCUGCUGCUGAACAUCACCCAAUAUGCCACAAACAAAGAGACCAAAAUGAGGCUGAUCCACGCUGGACUUGGCCACAAGAUCCUGGCCAUCAGGGCCCUGAUUCUCGAUCUGAUCGACAUUGAUUUCAGCCGAGAGCAGCGUGUCUUCUACAAGCCUGACAAAUGGAUCAAAAUCAUCAUCAAGGACAUGCGGGAGACAUUCAACUACGUCGAUCUCCUCAAGAAGAAGCAGCUCUACAAGACCAAGAACAUCGACGACAUCGACUUCAAGGCCAAGGAGACUCUGGGGAUUUCAAGUGAGACCGAAGAGAGCUCAAAACACGACAAUCUCGAUUUCACAGGCUGCGACAACAAAAACUACGAGGCCAGCCACUUCCAGGACAUUUAUUCUGAAGACGAUCUCAUGCUCUGUCUCAACCUGUACAACAGCAGACUGUGCAAGGAGUUCCUUGACAUCUUCUGCUCCUGCGACAAGUUCAACUCCUCUGGAAACCAGCUCAUUCUGAAUCUGGUUGCGUACAUGGACAAAAUGGCAUUCUUGGACUACGACUUUGGUGGAUUCAUUCGUAGAAUACAAACCAACUUCAUGAAUGGGAAGGCAGAGCCACUGAAACAGAUCGUCAGCAACUACAAAAAGUACAAAACAGACAAAAUGGUCAAGAAGGAGCCAUCCAAGGUUGAAUAA